UCUUGCCCCACACUGGGCAAGGGACAGCUCCAGUGAGGCUACAGUGAGGGGCAGCAGCAGGGGAGGAGACGCACAUGUGAUGGCAGACUCCCCCGCACCUCCAGCAUGGCAUCCACCAUAGGGGAGGCGAGGGGGAUUCCUGGACCUGAGAGGGGCCCUAGGAGCAUGUGCAGUGACAGUGGUUGGAUCCUUAGUCAGGCAGAGGGAGAAGAGGAGGGGUGGACUGCAGAAGAAGCUGCUCCAGCUACUGACUCAUGCACAGGAAGAAGAGCAGUAGCAGCUGCAGAAGAGGGAUGGCAGGGGGAAGCAGGCGUAACAAGGCAGCAGCAUCCUUCUGCUUGGCCGGGGCACUUUACCUGGCAACAAUCACCUUCUCUCAGCUGGCAGAUGGGAGGGAAGCCAGAGCAGACUGGACACAGGAGAAGUACUUCCACCAACCAAGUAUUUUAAAUGUUUCUGGUAUCCAGCAAGUUGCAGCACACACAGAUGUUUCUCAAAUGUGGCAAAAUGAUCUGCAUCCUAUACUGAUAGAGAGAUACCCAGGAUCACCAGGAAGUUAUAUUGUGCGUCAGCAUAUCAAGAGCCGUAUUCAAAGAUUGCAGGCUGGCUGGGUAGUCGAAGAAGAUACAUUUCAGGACUACACACCCUAUGGAUACCGAACUUUCUCAAAUAUCAUCAGCACCCUCAAUCCCUCUGCCAAGCGCCAUUUGGUACUUGCUUGCCACCAUGACUCAAAAUACUUCGCUCCACAGUGGGAUGGCAGAGUGUUUGUGGGAGCCACUGACUCAGCUGUGCCCUGCGCUAUGUUACUGGAGCUAGCACAUACCCUGGACAGCCAGCUCCAGUCAAUUAAGACCAGCUCAGCCUCCAGGCCAGAUCUUUCACUUCAAUUGAUUUUCUUUGAUGGUGAAGAAGCCUUUGUGCAGUGGUCUCCUAGCGAUUCCCUCUAUGGAUCUCGACACUUAGCGCAGAAAAUGGAAUCUACUCCCCAUCCACCUGGUGCAACAAAUACAAACCAACUACAGAGCAUUGAUCUGUUUGUGUUACUGGAUUUAAUUGGUGCUUCAAACCCAAUCUUUCCCAAUUAUUUUUCAAACACUGCCCGAUGGUUUAACAGACUUCAAGCAAUCGAACGAAAGCUACAUGGCUUGGGUUUACUGAAGAAUCACCCUUCUCAAAGGCAGUAUUUCCGGGGUAAUGCCGCUCCAAGGUUGAUUGAGGAUGACCAUAUUCCAUUUUUAAGAAGAGGGGUUCAAAUUCUUCACUUGAUCCCAUCCCCUUUUCCUAAGGUGUGGCACACUAUGGAGGACAAUGAACAAAACCUCCACAAACCCACCGUUGAUAACCUCAACAAAAUCCUACAAGUGUUUGUGCUGGAAUAUCUCAAUCUGUGAUAGCACGGUGGCUAUGAAGCACUGCUCUGUUUUAAAUACUGCUACCAGUCCCAAGCAUCAAGUUCUUAAUCAUUUCUCACCAGGAGAUAACUAUAAUGGAGAGCACUAAAGUAAAGCAUGAUGUGAUGACAACUCUUAUUAGUCAGAGGUCAGCUGUCUUUGGCUGCAUAGCCCAGUUAAGUCAGAUAAAAAUGCCUUUAAGCAGGAACCGUCAGCCUGUACAGAACCUGGUCCUCCACAUCUGACCUGAGGAGAGAGAAGGGAAACCUGAAUUUUUCCAUGUCUCUAUCAGUUUUUAGUCCAGACAUUAAAACUAAACAGAAUCCAGAUCCUGAAUGCAAGUACUUCCUAGUUUAGGGUUUAGCUGCCGUUUUUAUAGAGUGAAUAACUUUUAAAGUCCAAAGAUGGAAAUUCGGAGCUCAUUACCAACUAUAAGUGUUCAGAUUAUGCCUGUUUUGAGAAUGAUGUGGAGCUACUCUACCCUAGAAGGAGCUUCCAGAAUUCCUGGCAUGUCGAGUGAAGCACACCUUAAAAGAGCAUGUGCUUAAUCCCCGUGAAGCAGAGAAAGGAUCAUAAAUAUUGUCUUCUCCCUGUCCUGUCCUUUGUGAGGUGGUAGGUUUGCGCUCAAGGUGGGGGCAGGAACUACACCUAUGCCCUGCUCUUGCACAGGCAUGUAAGAGAAGAGUGGAUAUUGGCGGGGAAGGGGGGGAGGGAGAGCAGAGUUCCUGCACACACUGUGCAUCCAUGCAAGAGUCAACCACAGUUUGUCCCAAAAUAAAUAAGCCCUUGCAGAACCCACCAGGGAGUGGUGGUAUUGCAGAACAAAGCAAAAUCAGAACUGAUCACAUUUUAUUUGUGUGCAUUUUUUAAACUACAGGAUUUAAAAAAUAUUUUUAAAUACAAUGCAAGCUGUAGAGUAGUGGCGCUAAUGAAAUAAGCAUUAGAGUAGGUGUAAGGUUCCAAAGAAUGAGAAGCAAACAAAAACAUCCCAAGAGUGAUAACAAUUGUCAUGGCACUGGCCUGUAUUUUAGAUUAUACAAAUAAGCUUUUCUAAACCUAAGAUCAAUAUUUCCGUAACUUCAAAUUCCAACAGAAACUUUAAAGGCACUGAACAUUCCCUUGCAGCGUUUGCAACACAAAGUUGCAGCAUUGUGCUAUUAUGAGAACCUGAAAAUGAAAUUUUGAUCUUCUAUUUUCAUUGUCCAAGUUGAGAGAAAUGCAAAAGGUAAAAAGCACAUGAUGGAUUUUAAAGUAUUUUCAAUUUUAAUAAUCUAAGUCACUGUUUGUAACAAAGGCAAGAAUUUUUUCUUUUUAAAUGAGAUUUUUAAAUGUUACAUCCUCCUAUUAAGAUGCAAUAAUCUGGAUGCAUUCUCUAAAACAGAGCACAAUAAACUUAAAUACAUGUUUAUCUAAUUUUAAAGUAAAUGUACAAUAAAAGUUGUCACAUUAAAUUAAAAUUAUUUUGAGUCAUUACUAGUAUGUGUGUGUUUUACAGAUUAUGAGAAUUUUAAGUUAUAAUCAUUUGAGGUUUGAACAUUAAUGAGGUUACGCUAAUGUCCAAGCAAUAUAAAAGAAACCUAUACAAUGUCACUAGGCAGAGAAAAAGUAUUAACAAAAGGGAAAGGUACAGAAACUGCCAUAAAUUUAAAGGCUUCUAAGUUAUUAAUUUUUUAAAAGUGGUUUGUUUGCUGUGGUUUCAUGCUCUGUAAGGCCUCUGAAAAUAAAAUUUAUUGGCAUUUUUAACAUGUAUGACGUGUGGAGUUAGAUGCUGUUACUAAGAAACUGCCUGAAAUUAUAAAUUC